CACACGGGAAACCCAAUUGUUUUUGUUAAGAUUGUGUUGGCUAGACAGACACGGUUUUCCCGCUGUGACUAAAAAUAGAACCAUGUCAUUGCAGAUCGCAGACGACUUUUCACAGGUUGCGAGUGGGGUUUUCGACGUUAAACAACGCAGGAGUUUUUGAACUCUGUUCAGCCUACACAGGGAUCCUGGAACAUGAUAUGCUAAAGGACAACCAAACCUCUAUAUUCUACAUCCACUCAAGACAAAGCAUGGGCAAUACCAUCGACACCAGAAGGAACAGGCACCCAGGAACAGGCACACAUUUGGUAUUAAACACCCUCAGCUUUGUAUGGAUAUAGAAAAGGCCAGGUCUAGACAUGGAAGGAAAGGAUCAAGCGAGGGUACUCUACAUAAAAUCCUUCAACAAUGAAACAGCGCUGGGGUCUCAAACGAUGGGGCAGGUGUCAAAGUCUGUUAAAAAAUUAGUUCGAGAUUCCCUGUCACGCAUCGAAAGGAAGUGUCGAUUUGAAUAUCAGGAGUUUUGGGCUGUCAUUGAAAAGACAGCAGAGAGAGGGAAGUUGAUUCCUGAUAAAGCAGCGGAGGCCUUCAAAAAUCUUGAAAAAUAUUUUAUUCUCUUAUACAAGAUGCCAUGGAAGCGUGAAUUUAGGAAACUGAAGACCUACUGUGGGUUCUUCCAGUCGAAAAUUAGGUCCCAUCUUGAAGACCCUGAAUCAAUUAUUUGCCUCGUUGGAUUCCAACCAGACACAGCCAACACACUCGUGUUGAAAGGGGAACCUGACCUACAGCUUAUAAUAGCAGUAGCAUUUGAAUGUGUAGUGGCUACAGUGGAAUGUGAAAUGCUUUCCGAGUUUCAUAGGAAGAUGAAGGAAGGAGGAGCGAACGUUUCAGAUGUCGUAAGGUGGCGGGACACAGGAGUACUUCCGGCAGUCAAGAACACUGAAGACGAAGACAGGAACGGUUUUAAAACUAGAGAAGGUGAAAGUAGAAUAGACUCUGCGUAUGCAUCAGCCGCCCCCAGUAGUGUCAGGAACAAGGUAGUCUUGGCUGGGGCAACCGGGGGAGUUCCUAGGAACCUGCCUUUCAUUGAUGAGGAUGAUCAUUUUGUGGACGAUACUGGAUAUGUGGAAGGAACAAUAGAUGAGCACUACAUGGCCAGCCUGCAGAGGUUGAGUCAGAACCCUCAACGCCAAGCUGCCCCUCAGAGCGGGUCCGACGACUGGGCGUUUGUGCGCGAAGGCCUGGAGACCAAAUAUGGAACAAAAUAUUUCGAUGGAGCAAGAGGAGAUGUGAUCCGGAAUUCAAGGGAACAUAUUAGGCUUCCACCCCGAGAUGAACAAUCCGACGAAGGUAUUGACAUUGAAGAAGAACCUCCCGCUGUCAAUAUUGAACAUCCUCCAGUACGAAUUUCUCCCAGGUCCCAGGUCACAAGUGUCUCUCAGGACAGGACUAUGGCGAGAGAGUCUUCAGGUUAUAGGACAGGGUCUUCACAGGUGUUCUACCCCCCAAGUAAUCUUCUGUCAGGACCCGCCCAUCACCCCCAACCCCUGUCCCCAGGAGCGACAUCUGUAGGCACUUCAGCAUACGUCUCCCAAACAUCCUACAACAGUGCUGCUAGAUCGCAGGUUCCAAUCGUAGCGAGGGGGGUUACCCCCAACAAAAUCUAUCCAAAUAUUGAUACAAUGGCGCGGAAGCCCAACAUAAUCCAGAGAGAUGGUGGCUACAGACCACAGACCUACACCACUAGUGGGGACGUAGGGGCUUCAAUGGCUCGGCGAAUGAAUGAUCUGGGUGUCCCUGAUACAGGGAGGUGGAACUGUCACUUCUGUUCGGGGAUGAACGAUAACCAGAUUGCGAUCUGUCGAGUCUGCGGUAAAAGUAGAGGGCCAGAAAUUGACGGCCCUAAGUGCGGCGACAGCAUCACAGAAUGUAAGAAAUGCACUUACGAAAACCCACCAGGAACACAGAUUUGUGACAUGUGUGGUACACCUUUAGAAAAGAGUAAUGUGCAUACUUACGUAUAGAAUCUAUAACAAUAUUCAAGUACAUAAUGGCUUUGUGCUACGCGAAUUGUUUCAGACUGUGAUCAUAAACACUGCAUAUUCAGAAGCAAGAACGCAGAAUGAUUUAUCGCUGAAGUCAAGGUUCAAGAUUAACAUGUGUAAGUUUGCAGUGUAUCCAACCAAAUUGUUCAAACCACCACCUAAUGGUCUGAAAACGCAGAUGUCACCUUUGUGCAAAGUACAAUUUUGAAGAACACAUAGUUGACUAUUUCGUUGUUAUAGAGUCAGAGUUUCUCCAGAAACCUCGUCCAUGGCUAACUGGGAUUCAGGACUCCAGCAAUUUUCAGAACUUGUAAGUUCCAUUCUGAGAAAGACGGUCUCCUUGCUAAGUCCUUCCAUUCAGGAUAUUUACACUAACAUCUUUAACUGGACACUGUUCAACGCUGUACCAUGCAUCAACCGACGGAUGCCAAUAAACCAAUAAGCCGACUUAAUAGAAAUAUUUUCAACACAACACACAUGUAUAUUAUUAAAAUGAAGGACUUCACCACGCUCUUAACGUCGGAAUGGCUAUUGGUAAGACCGAGUCUUGAUAAGAUGUCUGGAACGUCUCUACUAUUAGGGUGAUUUCAAUAGCACUGUGCACAAUGUUCAUGUAUUCUUAAUAAUCUCUUUGUUUGGGGUACACCACAAGACAAAUAAAAUUGGACCUGGGCUACAGGUACUUAUUGGCUCGAGAUCGCAGAGCUUUGCAUA